AUGAAAAAAACUUUUAAUGAAAAAGUUUCCAAUCUCAGAACACAAAAAAUAAAAUUAAUACACGAAUACAAACAAUUCAAGUUUGAUAUUAAUAUGAUACAAAAGGAGUUAAAUGAUCCAGAAAUAAUAACGCCAUCAGAUUUCCCUGAAGUCCUAAUGGAUGAAUCUAUUGAUCCUAACUUAAUUGAUUCGUUUGAACCGAUUUAUCACUGUGAUCGGAUGGAUUUGAUUUUUAAUCCCGAAUUAAGCCCUUUGUAUAAAAAUGCAUAUUUUUACGAAGAGCCUACUCAUGAAGAAAUCAUUAUGCGACAAAUGAGAAUUGAUAAACUAAAAUAUAGACAUAUGCAUUUGCAUGAAACAAUGUUAAAGAAAAUCAAAAUGUUUGAUGACAAUCUGUUUAAAUUGAAUAAAAUGCGAAUAGAAGUUAAACUUGAGAUUAUAUUUCUUGAUUUACGGGCUACGACGUUAGAAGAAGAAAUGUUAGUUUUGUAUGAUUUUGAUUUACUUGAAGAUGAUCUUUCGUACAAUGUACAUAUUAAAAUGGGAGAACAAAAUGAAAAAGCUCAACAAAUACUAAGAAUUCAUGAAGAUAUCAAAUAUUUUAAUGAUAUUAAUAUAAAACAAAAAAAUAUGCUAAUAGAAAAUCAACAUACUUUUGAUAUGUGUCUGAAAUUGGAGAAUAGUGGUUUUGCUAAACAUCUUAAAAAAAUUUUCGAUAAAAAAUUAAAAAUACCCAAAAUUCAAUCACAUGAUGAUGAUGAUACUUCAUCGUCUUCAUCCAGCGAAAGUGAAGAAUCUGAAUCAGAAUUUAAUAACGAAAGUGGAGAAUCCUUAAUGGCAAUGAGUCGAGUACCAGUAGUAUUUGAUGAAAAAGUAUUACCAACAGGCUGUGAUCCAAAAUUAUUUAAUACAACAUUAGAGUUGAGAGAUAAAAAAUAUAAAAUUGAACAAACCAUAGAGGAUAAUAAAAGAAGAUUGGACGCCAGUAGUACAAAUCUGACUUCAACUUACGUAGAACUUGAUUUUAUUGAAGAUGAAUUAAAACAAAUUCAAAAUAAACUAGAAGCAUGUCAGAUAAAAAAACAAAUGAAACUAAAUGAUGUUUAUACCACGAUUGUACUACAUAAAUCUCAAAUGACUAAAGCUAAAUUAUUGAAAAGUAGUAUCUUAUUAUAUGGAAAUGUUAUACAAGAUCUAUCAAAUAGAGCAGCGGAAUUAAAAAAAGAGGAAAAAGAGAUAAUAAACAUUUUACAAAAAGAAAAGUUAUGUGCAAAAAAGGAUCGCAUUGAAAUAGCCAAAAUGGAGAAGGAUUUGAGAAAUAUUAAAAUAGCCAUUAAAGAUGAAAUGAUAAAUAAAUUUAAAACUGUAAUGAAUUGGAAUUCUUUAGACAAAAUGGAAAUGACCAUCAUCGAUUACAUGAUUAUUAAAUCUAAGACUGAAGCAAAAGAUUCAAAGGAACGUUUUAUUCGAGAAAUACAAAUAUUAGAAAAUAAAAUUAGUUCACAACGGGAUUCAGUAACUGACUUAUACUUAUCAAAUACUCGUCGAAAUAAAUUAUUAGCAAAUGUUCUUGAAAACAUUAAUAAAAUAAGACAUUAUUUGGAUAUGGACCAAGAAAGAAUUACGAAAAAUUUUCAAAAUUUAUCCCUGGAAUCACCAAUUACUACUGAAAUAACUACCAUGAACUGCAUAUAUGAUGAAUUAAUUAUUAAAGAAGAAACAAGCCAUUUGUGA